AUGUCGGGUAUUAGAUGCAAGGAUAAAGGCCACAGUAACAACUCUUUUUCUGGUAGUGCGAGGCACAGGAUGGGGAGGGCAUCCCCUAAUUCUACCGAAGAGCCACGUUAUAGGACGACACUCGUACCCAUCGAUAUGCCGAUAGUGAAAGGAGUUGUAGGCUCCAACAGUCAGGGUGCUAUUAGUCAGCAAACCGAUAUAGCUGAUCCUUUAGCAGACUUGGUCGGGAUUCUUUGCCGUCGGGCUCGAGAGACGGGUGGUAAUGAUGGGUUUGAGGACUAUUGUUUUGAGGGUGCAGAUGCAGAGGCAACCUUUCGGUCACCACAUACCCCACACACACCAAUGGCACCGAACACGCCAUUGACGUCGCAUGGCUCAAAUGCGAGUUAUUUUCACGCCUCAUCCUUUCCCCUCAUCAGCCGAGAUCUGGAAAAGGCGUGUAUUCAUCUCUUUUGGGAGAAUUUAGAUCAUCCGUGGGCCCGGUUCAGUGAUAUUCCAAAUGAGGCUCUUCUACAUAUGUUUUCGCAUUUUGGGACAAUGCAUAGGUGGCAUUCACAAGAGAAUGAGAACAUAUUUGAUGCAUUCAAGUGUGUCCUCAAGGAUAGAUACAGAGACAGGAUGAAAGAUUCUAGUGGGUCAACAACAAGACACACUGCGGGUAGUAUAGGAUUUGACCAGCACCGUAGGAAAUUAGAAAAAUUGAUGGGUAAACCACUCACACAAUAUGAUGUUUUCGUGAAGAUGCAUGACACUGCCGAGUCAAAGAACAAAUAUUUUGAGGGAAAUCAUGAAAAUAUUGAAUAUUGCUCGCAGACGGCCAAAGAGGCACUAGAGGGGUAUCUGCAAGGUUUGGUCAACAAAUUUGGUGAAGAUCCUUCAAAUCGUAAGGAUGAUGUAGAUGUAUGGGAGGAAAGCCAACUUAGAAGAAAAGGAAAGAAGAAGGGUGCUAUCUAUGGGAUAGGAGCAUCGGAUAUACAUUUUUUGGUUUUAGUGACUCCAUCUUCCCAAUCGACCCAGUCCACCCAGUCGGAUAACACGCAACAAGAGGUUGAUAGGUUGCGUGCGCAAGUUUCUGUCAUGGAACAACAACAACAACAACAACAAAUGAAAGAACAAAUGGAGAUGGUUAUGAGGAUGAUAAAUAUGUCUAGUCAUCAACCCCGUGGUCCCCCCGAUAAUCCACCCGAGGACAAUUGA